AUCUCGCGAGACCAAGGUUCACAAACGACUCUCGGCGGGUUAGGGCUUGCGGGGAGGAUGGAGUAUCCCGCAUUGGGCACCGUGGAAGCCGCGGACAGCGGAGGGACACGGCCGUACAACUGCUCUGAGGAGCGGAAGGGCCGGGAACCGGACGGGCUGCGCUUCGACCGCGAGAGGGCGCGCCGCCUGUGGGAAGCGGUGUCCGGGGCCCAACCAGUGGGGAGGGAGGAAGUGGAGCACAUGAUCCAGAAGAACCAGUGUCUCUUUACCAAUACCCAGUGUAAGGUUUGCUGCGCCUUGCUCAUUUCUGAAUCCCAGAAGCUGGCACACUACCAGAGCAAAAAACAUGCCAACAAAGUGAAGAGAUACCUAGCAAUCCAUGGAAUGGAGACAUUAAAGGGGGAAACGAAGAAGCUAGACUCAGAUCAGAAGAGCAGCAGAAGCAAAGACAAGAACCAGUGCUGCCCCAUCUGUAACAUGACCUUUUCCUCCCCUGUCGUGGCCCAGUCGCACUACCUGGGGAAGACCCACGCAAAGAACUUAAAGCUGAAGCAGCAAUCCACUAAGGUGGAAGCUCUGUCGAAACGCCUUACAAACCCUUUCCUUGUGGCCUCCACCUUAGCCUUGCACCAGAACAGAGAGAUGAUAGACCCAGACAAGUUCUGCAGCCUCUGCCAUGCAACUUUCAACGAUCCUGCCAUGGCUCAACAGCAUUAUGUGGGCAAGAAACACAGAAAACAGGAGACCAAGCUCAAACUCAUGGCACACUAUGGCCGGCUUGCAGACCCUGCUGUCACUGACUCAUCAGCCGGGAAGGGCUACCCCUGCAAGACAUGUAAGAUAGUGCUGAACUCCAUAGAACAGUACCAAGCUCAUGUCAGCGGCUUCAAACACAAGAACCAGUCACCAAAAACAACGGCAUCACCCCUGGGCCAGAUUCCAGUGCAAAGGCAGUCCAUUCAGAAAGACUCAGCUGCCUUGGAAGACUAGAGGUGUUUCUGUUUAGCACCCCAGGUUGAACCAGCCAUGAGCCAGCUUCCUGUGACUGUGGUCGCCCUUGGCUCCCUCUUCCUUCUUUCUUACACCUGGAGAAUACCUAGGCCUGAGUCAGGAGUAGGCCACAGACAGCCUCUGAUUGGUCCAGGCAAAUCCACUCCUACUCCUCCCCUUUGGAAUGGGCCCUGUUGGUCAAGACAAGGGAAGCAGGGAUACUGAGAGGACUUUGGGUCUUACAGGGUGAUACUUGGGAGAAUGGCCUUUCCCCUUCCCCAGCCCCAGGGCCAUAUAUCAUGAGGCCCCAUGCCUGCCUUUCUUCUGCAGGUAAGUUUUGAACCAGUCACUGCAGCUAAAGAACUGAGCUUUCCCUGAGUUCUAGGCACCUCCAGUGAAACCUAGAGCUUUAAUACCAGACCUUGGCCUAGAUGGAAAGGACAGAUGGAAGUGGCUGCUGCAUGGAAGCUUGGAGCUAAUGUGAUACUCCCCUUCCCCCAAAGAGCGCAGGCUUUCCUGAGCCUUGGACCAGAUUCUGGUCAGUUAUACAGGUUUUUGCCCACUGUGAAGUCUCCUGGAACAAUGACACGGUUCGGGCAGAGCAUUGCUGUUCCUCCUGCCCCUUCUCCUCAGUUCCUGAAUGGUGCUAAGGAUCUGCAGCAGGGGACAAGCUAGAGUUUGGAGGAGGCCCCAGUACCCACCCAGUGGGGUCAUGGAAAGCUCCACUGAGGGCCUUUCCCUCCUCCAUCAGAAGUGCUCUGACCCAGGAUCACAUGGAAAACUCCCCACAUACAAGUUUCACUGAUGGUUUUGUAUCCUUAAAGGCAAACCAUCUGGUGCCAGCCAGCUCAGAGGUUCACUGUUGCCCUUCAGCCCUACUAGUCCUCUACUCCUUGUGCAUCUGAUGACCUGCCGAGGUUGCUAUGGUGCUAGCCCUCCUCCAUCAUCCAUCAGGAGAUUCCUGGGUACCAGGCAACAGGAUGGGGCCCCCAAGGAAAGAAAAGAGAGUGGGUGCAGUUUUCUGCAGUGAGGAAACAAAUUUCAGGCCCCAAACCUGUAUUUCUCCAACUCUAUUGUUCUGUGGCACAGAACUUUGCUUGGAAUGUACUUUUCCUCAUAGCUUUUGAGCAGGAAUUCCAGGGAGUGUCACUACUAGAGGCCCCUCUUCAUUGGUUCAAAGAAGCCCCUAGCUGCUCUUGUGGCCUCUUCUCCCCACUCUCUAUCCCUUUGCCUGUGAAAUGCCUUUUUGCAUUGUGUGUAGGUAUAUGUGUGUGUGCUUAUGCUCUUGUCUCUUGAUCACUGAAGCAUCUAAAUAAAGAAUUUCUCCCACGA